UGAAUUUGCCACAUUUUUUUGUCGGAUUGAGGUGACCGUAGUUUAGAGAAAUAUUUAUCCUUUUUGAGAAAUAUCUUUUCACUUAAUUGGUUUGUUUAACUAUUCAUUUAAAACUUCAUGCCAUGUAUAGCUCAGUAGUCAUUUAACCAUUGUUUUUUCCCUAUUUUAAUUUUUUCCCUCCUGGGAAAGCAAGGUAUGAAUAUUCCCCAGAACAAUCUUUGUGAAAUUCAUCCACUGGAUUUUAGAACUCUAUGAUUUUGUCAAAGGAGGACGUUCUACUUAGUGUAGAGGAGAUCCUGUUGUCAUACUGCUUUUGCUAUCUUGAAUUAAUAUCAUUGAGAUAGAGGACUCAUCUUUGCAUCUGUGCCAUUGUAGCAUUUGUGGCCGCAUGGGUAGCGCCAUUGAGACCUUCUCCAUUUUGAUGUAGUCAAUUCUUUUCACAAUUGGCUGUUCCCUCCUGAUGACCUGGUUGGACACGACUCCAACAGGAGGGGUCAACCAAUGAAGUUGGAAGUCCCACCCAGUUGUCUAUAAUAAAAUGGUGGAAGCCCUCUAUGGUGCUGCCCAUGCCAGUACAGCUUUUGGCCACUAGAGGCCUCAAUAAUUCUUUGGCUAAUAUCUGCUGUCACAACAUUGUCAUUAUCCCAAGACAUUCCAGCUUUAGAAUUAUUUUGGGUGUAUUUUCAGGGUUAAAAACAGUAUGUGUGUUAACUAACCAAAAAUAAGCAAUCUUUUGGUACUCAUUGGAACAGUGCAUGUUUAAUACACUUCCUAGAGUAACUAUUUUUGCAUGAUUAGGAUGGUCCAGUCUGAAAUUCAAAUUCAAGAGGCUUGUUUCAAUAUCUAAAUAUGGUUUCUAACAAACCAAGCUUUAAUAAUCCCAAAUUGUCCUCUAUUAAUGUAAUAUUUAUUUCUAGACAUAAACAUGUUGAAUACAGUAAAUAACAUGAGCAUAACUGGCAUCGCUGUCAAAUCAAUCUUUGUCACAUUCGCCGAAUACAACAAGUGUAGACCUUAACGUGAAAUGCUUACUUACAUGACAUUACCAUUGAGAUGUAGUGGGCUCUAGUCUGAUCACUUUCUUGGGGUGCCUUAGUCUGCGUUUUGAUGGGCAGCCCUAUUCUGAUACACAAAAAGAGCCGAUGCGAAAAGAUCCUGUGAUUGGUCAAAAGACACAUUUGUGGAAAAAAUAUCAGAAUUGGGCAGCCUGUCUAAACAGAGCAUCUGUCUGCUCAGUUCUUAUGGGAAUUGUUGUAGUUUGUAUAUUUCCUACAGUCAAAGCGUGUACGUUUUAUGCAUUUUAUUUUUUAAUAAACCAAAAUGUAUUUUGGUGAGAAUCAUAUUUGUAUUUAUCCUCUUGAGACAUCCGGACUGUUUCCACAUCAAUACUUAAUAAUGCAUUGACAAUACUUUUCAGAUGAUACUUACUAAAACCUGAUGAUGGGUACUAAAUCAAGAAAAUAAAAACAAUUGUCCAUUCGGCCAAUCAACAGGUGUGAUUUUGAAACCCUGUCUGGUUUUGCCUGGUAAGGGGUUGGAUAGAGAUUGUGCCGUGGGUAGCAAACGCGGGCAGAGGAGCCAUUUCAGCACUUCGGAAUCUAGUGGUAUCAACCCAGUGAGUCCACCGUGAAAGUGGGAGCAUCACCAUGGUGAAAAUCUUCAUUGGGAACUUGUCUCCAGACACCACGGCAGAGGAGCUGCGCUCCCUCUUCUCCCAGUAUGGAAAGGUCUCUGAGUGUGACAUCGUCAAGAACUUUGGCUUUGUGCACAUGAAGGACAAAGCUGAAGCGGAGGAGGCCAUCAAGAACCUCCACCACUAUGAGCUCAACGGGGAGCAGUUGAACGUGGAGAUGAGCCGCGGCAGACCCAAAGCCACCACCAAGCUGCACGUGGGCAAUAUCAACAGCAGCUGCACCAACCAAGAGAUGCGGGCUAAGUUUGAGGAGUACGGCCCCGUGGUGGAGUGUGACAUAGUGAAGGACUACGCCUUUGUCCACUUGGAGCGUGUGGAGGAUGCCAUGGAGGCCAUCAGUGGGCUGGACAACACAGCCUUCCAAGGCAAACUGAUGAGCGUGAAGCUUUCGACUAGCCGCCUGCGUACUACGCCGGGCAUGGGAGAGAGGACAGGUUGUUAUCGGUGUGGGCAGGAAGGCCACUGGUCCAAAGAGUGCCCGCUCGACACUUCGGGCAACUACAGAGAGGGUGCCGAGCCAAGCUCUGACGGAUUCAAUGGCGGUGCCCCUAGGUUCGGCGGUGGCUGCAGUUAUCACCGGGGCUUGAGUGUCGGCAAUCCAGGUUACAGUGGCAGUGAUCCAAUUUACAGUGGAAGCUAUUCUCCCGCGCACGGCUUUGGAGGUGUGCCCGGGUACAGCAGGGGCGCAGGCUAUGAAAGCACAUUGAGUUACGGGCUUCCGCCGGGUUACGGAAUGAGCGCUGCCGAACAUAGCAUGGCCCGGGUGUAUGCCUGUGAGGCAGCGUACGGAGGCAGCAGCUGGAGCCACGGCGUGGUCCCAGCCUACCCUGUGCGCCGGUCAUCGUACGAGGACCGGGAUCCGUAUGGUGCCGUGGACUUCUGCGAGAAGUACCAGGCUCGCCUGUAUGCAGCCAGUUAUUUCGAAGAGCGCCGGUCUGUCCCUUUGCCCAGCCCACCGUCCCCUUCCUCCUCGGCCAUAAUGAGGGAGCGCCUGCCACCCUCUAGCCUCGACCUAUACGAGCGCCGUCCUUUCCCUUCUCCACCAGCCCCCCUCUCCUCAUACUACUCCCGCGACCGGAGCCCAUUCCGGCGAAUACCUACCGAGGCAUACGAGCGCGUGCGCCUCUCCCCGGUGCCCUCCCUCCCCAGAAGCUCGGCUUACGACAUCCCGCGGGACCCCUACGCCGAGCGGGCGCGAUAUGCUUACUAACCUUUCUCCCUCCUGUCCAGGUAUCGCGACAGUCUCGUGCUCGGUUGACCGUCUUUGUUUCCACUCACAAUGCAUUUGGGCUUUGGCCACGAUCGUGGGACUGUGAAAGUGCAGACAUUUAUCUUCCCUGUUCGGUAUCUGUCUCGUGCGUCAACUGAUGGCUUAGUAAAGUUUGUAUUUCCCCAUAAAAGCAGAAAGUACACGUUGUUUUGAUUUGAAUGUGAGUGCUGCAGUGAUAAGAGAAGUAGCACCAG